CAAUUAAUUCAUUAUUUAAUUUGGACCCAUCUUCCAUCAAUUCUUUAGUUAGCUCCAUCUUCGGCUCCAGCUCCAUUUGUACCCAAUUUCCUCAAAACGUCGUCGUUUCCUGCCAAAUCAAUUGUCCUGCUCAAAUUCAAAGAUCAAAUUUUGUUAAGCCCUAGCCCCUCUUCGAUUUGCUCGGAAGAGUUUUUAAGCUGAAAAAGAUCGAAAAGAUUCAUCAUGUUUGCAACUGCAAUAAGGUAUAUAGGGAAGAAACCAAAACCGAAGAUGAAACCGAUAGAACUCAAAACUCCACCGGAGCAGACGCAGACAAUAACGAGGGUUAUUUUCGACAUUUUGAAGGAACACGGUCCUCUAACCAUUUCCGAUACCUGGGAACAUGUUAAGGAAGUUGGUUUGAAAGGUCUGAAUAGCAAAAGGCACAUGAAAAUAGUAAUGAGAUGGAUGAGGGAGAGGCAGAAGCUAAGGCAAAUAUGCAACCAUGUUGGCCCUACCAAGCAAUUCCUAUACACCACGUGGUUCACGAAACCCGAUGUCGUAAAACAGGCUAGGCCCGUAAGCGAUCCUUCGAGACCAAAACCGUGAGCAUUUUACGCUUAAGUGGCUUCUUCAUUUUCUUAAUCUCGACUAUUACAAAGAAACCGUGUUUUUUUUUUAUUAUUAUGACAGAAGCAUGUAUCUAUAAUCAUGCUUUGUAAAUAUUAUUAACUUUACGAGAUUUUACAAAUAAUUAGUACGCGUUCGCUCAUUGGAACUUG